UUGAAGAAUUAAUGGAGGUGGGUCAACCUUUUUGGCUUUAACUUUCUUCUGGAAGGGUUCUCUCCAAACUAAAAUAUUCAAAAGCUAUGUUCAUGUAUUCAAUAUCAACACGCAUCUUGUGUGCGUUUCUUCACACCCUCCAACUGUUUGUCAAAAUUCCCUUGUGAGUUUUCUUAUUCAGAAUUUGAUUCAUCUACUUUGCCGGCUAAAGUGACGAAAAGGGGCGUGAUUUCUCACGGUGUUUUCCUACCAAAUGGGUUCUUGUUUCAGUGUUCGGUUGAAAAUUGAUAGUUCUCGUCUUGAUGGUAAGGUUACAUCUGCAUCAGUACCCCCUAGUCCGAGGAGCCAGGCCGAGAUUUUGCAGUCGGGAAAUUUGAAACCUUUCAGUUUUAACGUACUAAAGUCAGCCACCAGAAAUUUCCGGCCCGAUAGUGUGUUAGGGGAAGGUGGGUUUGGUUCGGUUUUCAAAGGGUGGAUCGAUGAACAAUCACUUGCCGCUGCAAAACCGGGUACUGGUACUGUCAUUGCUGUCAAGCGGUUAAACCAUGAAGGUAUUCAAGGUCAUCAAGAAUGGUUGGCAGAAAUUAAUUAUUUAGGGCAGCUAAAUCAUCCAAAUCUUGUUAAAUUAAUCGGUUAUUGCCUAGAGGAUGAUCAUAGACUCCUUGUGUACGAGUUCAUGCCUCGAGGAAGCCUGGAAAACCAUCUUUUCAGACGAAGUUCUUACUUUCAACCUCUUCCUUGGAACCUUCGUAUAAAAGUAGCUCUUGGUGCUGCAAAGGGACUUGCAUACUUACAUAGUCCUGAAGCGAAAGUUAUAUAUCGUGAUUUCAAGUCUUCCAAUAUAUUAAUCGAUUCUAAUUACAACGCAAAGCUAUCUGAUUUUGGGUUGGCGAAAGAUGGCCCGGCUGAUGGUCAAAGUCAUGUCUCUACACGGGUAAUGGGUACCCAAGGCUAUGCAGCUCCUGAAUACAUGGCCACAGGUCAUUUGACUCAAAGAAGUGACAUAUACAGUUUUGGGGUGGUUCUCCUUGAGCUUCUAACCGGGAGACGAUGCAUCGACAAAAAUCGUCCAUCCGGUGAGCAAAUACUAGUCGUGUUUGCGAAGCCGUUUUUGACCAGCAAACGAAAGAUUCUACACAUUAUGGAUCCGCGUAUCGAAGGCCAGUAUUCUUCUGCUGUUGCCACACGGGCCGCCCUACUUGCCAUGAAGUGUCUCAUGAAGGAGCCCAAACACAGGCCCGAUGCCGAUGAGUUGGUCAAAUCAUUGGAGCAGAUUCAGGAGUUGCAGAAAGCUUCUGAAAGUGUUAGAAAUGAACCGGUUCGGAAAGAUGAUAGUAAUAAAGCCGGUUCUUCUUAUCCUAGACCGGCCGGUUCAACUAGUGGUGGUGCUUAAAGUAUUGUUUAGGUUAUGGUUUGUGUAACUUGGUCUAAAUGUGGGGAUGAUUUUGGUGUACAGCUUUGAAUUUUGACUCGUAUAAUGCAUUAGAAAUGGGUCAUUCGUGUUCUAUGAAGUAUGAUUAUGUAAUUGUUAUUCUUGA